GUCACAUUGGAAAAGCUUGACUUAUCAAAAGCUCGAUUUUAGAGCUAGAACAUUAAUUAAUAACUUUAAAUAAUAAAUUAAACAAGAAUGUUUAUAUAUAUGAGUAAAAAGAUUGCUAUUCCAAAACAAUCAAAUGUUUCUUGCCUGGCAUGGAAUCAUUCAUCGGGAUAUAUAGCUGUUGGAGGAGAGGAUGGAAUGCUAAAAGUUUUAAAAUUAGAGUCAGGUGGAAGUGGUAACCUCUCUAUGAAUCUCAGCUUAGAAGGUCACACAGGAAGAGUUUGUUGUGCGAUCUGGAAUGAGGUAUUUCAAAAGUUGACGACCAGCGAUGAACAUGGAGUUAUCAUAGUGUGGAUGUUAUAUAAGGGAUCAUGGUAUGAGGAAAUGAUAAAUAAUAGAAAUAAGUCUACAGUAUCAGGGAUGGCAUGGGGUUCUGAUGGACAGAAAAUUUGUAUAGCUUAUGAAGAUGGUGCAGUAAUUGUGGGUUCAGUAGAUGGGUCACGAGUUUGGGGCAAGGAUAUAAAGGGUCCAGGUCUUAAAGCUGUCCAAUGGUCCCCAGAUAACUCAUUACUACUUUUUGCCCUUUCCAAUGGAGAACUUCAUUUAUAUGAUGAUCAAGGAAAUUUUAUGAUGCCAGUAGGAAAUAAUGAAGUGUCAGGAUCAACUGAUGUAAUCUGUAUGGACUGGUAUUCCGGAAGAGCACCAGCCAAUAGACCAGUUUUAGUUAUAUGUUACAAAAAUGGACUGAUGCUUCUUAUGAAAAAUAUCACUGAAGAAGAGAGUGUAGUGGUUGAUACAAACAUGACAAUAAUAGACGGUCACUGGAAUCACAAUGGAACCAUAUUAGGUGUGGCCGGAAAAACUCAAGAUCAAGCCAAUGUUGUACAGUUCUUUAGUGCAUAUGGAGAGCAUAUCCGGUCGCUGCGCGUGUCCGGCGGCUGCAUGCAGUCCCUCUGCUGGGAGCAGCGCUCACUCCGCCUGGCCGUCACUAUAGAUAGUUUCAUAUACUUCGCGAACGUCAAGCCGGACCACAAGUACGCCUUCUAUGGGAACACGCUGGCAUACGUCUCCGGAACUGAUACUGUCACAUUUUGGGAUACUCUCACUCAUCAGUCAUGGGUAAACCACAUUCCCGACGUAGUGGACAUGUAUGGCGUCGACGAGUACUGCAUUAUAGCAACUUUGACUGCCCUUAUCAUAUCCAACCAACAAGGGAUCCAGUGUGAUGCCAAAGCAAUUACUAUGCCGAUAUCUUUUGUCACAAUUAAUAGCAAAGCGAUAGCCGUUGCAGCCUCCAAAGAAUCCUUCAUGAUAUGGAAGUUUUCAAUACCUUCAAGACCGCGUAUAACUGAGCAAGUUUUCUAUGCUGACGGUAGUCCUGUCACAAAAAGUGAGGCUGGCUUCCACGAUGAUACGAUAUGUUGUAUCUCAUGUUCAGACACACAUUUACUUAUAGGAAGAGACUCAGGCACGAUUCUAUUGUUCUCUAUGUUGAACUUCAAGAAAAUUACAUCCAUCAAUAUGAAUACGAAACCUUACAAGCUUGGCCUUAACUCAAAUUCAAGUAAAUUUUUCGUAAUCGACCAGCCUGGUUCCCUUUUCAUUCUUGAGACGGAAAUGGCACAUAACGUCAGUGUUGGACAAGCGGUACGAAGGGAGGCGUGGGCCGCGCGCUGGGCUUCAGAUAACUCAUCCCUCUUGGCGCUGGCGGAGAAGAAUCGUAUAUAUGUACUGAGAGACGGCCAGCCCGAGGAACCUCUAACAGCUAACGGUUACCUCUGUGACUUCAAGGAUCUAGAAAUAACUUGCGCGCUGUUAGAUAGCAUAACGGACAAGUGUACGCCGCAGCAUGUGGUCAGGAUGGAAGUGAAGUCGUUGAGAGACACGAGACAGCUCAUAGAGAAAGUGGGAUUGAAAGAAGCCGAGGACUUCAUCAAGGAUAACCCUCAUCCGAAGCUAUGGUUACUAUUAGCUGAGGCUGCAUUGAAGAAGUUGGAUACGUCGUCUUUGGAGACUGCGGAGGCUGCGUUCGUUAGACGAAACGACUACGCCGGGGUGAGAGCAGUCAGGCGACUCAACGGUCUACACUCCGCGGCUCUCAAGAAGGCGGACAUACUGGCAUACUUCAAAGACUUCGAUGCCGCUGAACAGAUAUACCACGAUGAAGACAGGCGUGAUCUGGCUAUCGCUUUACGAAAGCGUUUGGGACAUUGGUUCCGUGUGGUGGAGCUCCUAAAGAUGUCAGUCACAACGACGGAGGCUCAAGUUAAACAAGCUUACAGUAACAUUGGCGAUUAUUAUAUCGACAGACAAAACUGGACAAGCGCUAUUGAAUAUUACAAUAUGUCAAACAACAUAGACGGCCUCAAGAAAUGUUACAUGGCGUUGGAAGACAAUGAAUCCCUGUCAAAACUAAUAUCAGGAAGCCCGAGACACGCUAAGGAAAAUAGAUCCGGCGUCGACAAAAAAAUAGACAGCAUUCAAGAGCCUUCCAUACAAGCUAUAGCGCAGUUAAAAGAAUCCGGACGCACACUGCAGGCAGCGGCUAUGGCGUUUCAAAUGGCGAAUGCGGAAGCGGCUAAAGCGACUUCACCGUUGCGGAUCAAGAAGCUAUAUGUCCUAGCGGGACAUCUGUACAGUCAACACGCAGUCGACGGUGGUAAGAGUCGUGAGGCUGGUUCGUGCUGGCGUGCAGCUCGAGCACAGCACUGGUUCUGUGCCGCGGCGUCGGCUGCGGGGGGCGGAGGACCCGCUGCCCUACGCCUCGCCGCCCGUCUAAUGGACGUCCUGCCAGCACUACACGAAACACAGCACUUACAGGCCUGGUGUACAAUUGCAGCCAUAGCACUACAAGCGAGGGCUUUCGACCUUUGCUCAAAAGCGUUGAUAAAGCUUGAAGCAUUAGACCCAGAGGUAUUCGAGACAAUCGCCAUUGAAAUAUUCAGCAGAUGUAAACCGAAGGAUGCCAAGUCCAACAAAAUAGAAUGCCCUCAUUGUCAGAUGAAUAUACCGGAUUGGGUGUCAUCGUGUCCUGGAUGUUCGAGCUCGUUCCCGGGUUGCGUCGUAUCUGGUCGCCCAUUGAUAUCUCACACCACGUGGUCGUGUAAUCGGUGUGAAUCUCAAGCCCAACAACACGAGCUCGUCCUGCGACACGCCUGCCCAAUGUGUCACACUCAACUCGCAUAAUAAAAUUAAUUUAAUAGUUGUCAUCUGAGCGUCAUCUAUGACACUGAAAUAAUUAUUACGACGAAUAUUUGUAAAUAAAAAUGUUGUUAUAACAUUUUGUGGCUUAUCUAUGGGUUUUUGUGCUUAUGAAACACACUUCAAACAGAUCAUAAUACAUGUUUUAUUAAUGCGUAAACAUAUUUUUUUAUCCAUAAUAAAAUGUAAUUCGACACCAUCACUUCUAAUCCCGUCCUUUUCUUUUAAGAAUAUUGUUGAUUUGUGCAUAAAAAUUAUGAGCUAAAAACAACAUAUUUUAAAACCAACAUAGCUUCUGAAACAAUUUUUAAGUUCUGAAGAAUAAUUUUUAUCCAUAUUUAAGAAAUUUGGUAUACCCUCGAAGUAACAAGUCAAUUUAAAUUAAAUUUCUCGAGUUACUGACAUCUGUUUGUAUAAUUAUGUCUUUGUAUUUUCCUAGUAGAGUAAGAGAAUUAAUUUCAAUUCAAAUUAAGGUCAACAAAACAUUCAGUUUUUAUUUACAUAAUUCAAAUAAUAUAUACACAAUACAUGUUAUAUUACUUUAUUUUGAACUAUGGCCAGCUGCAACAGUUUUUAUUUGAAAUAUAGAGAAUAUGCUGUUUAAAAAAAAAUUUUUUUUUACUAAUGUUCUUAAAGUUAUACAGAUAUAGUUUUAUGUACAUCUAAAAAAAUGCCACAGAACAUAAAGCAUAUUUUUUUUUAAUAUUAAUUUAUUGCAAAGUUAUUACUCAUAUCCAUUUUUGAGAAUUGUAAUGUGUUAUCAAUAAUUUGAAAUAGUUCGGGUGGUUGUGGAAUUCUUCCAGUUUCUAAUUUAGACCAUAGGGGGAUAUUGUUAAGAGAUAUUUCAAAUGCACCCGACGACACUAGUUGACCUUCAAUCAUGUUGGCCAAGAAAAACAUCAUCAUACAAGCAUAUAACUUGUUCUCAAGGCACCAAUUCCACCAGGCCGGUUGUGGUUUG